CUAAUAUUAUUCCUUUCUUCUUGAACUUACCUUCCAUUCUUUUUAUAAGCAGAGUACCGAAGCUUCAUCUUCAAAACAUAUGAGAGUUAUUAUACAGUAGUCCUUUGAUUACAAUAAACACAGAAAAUCGAUCACAGGGAGAGAAGAAAUGGCUGAUUGGGGUCCUGUUGUGAUAGCAGUGGUGUUGUUUGUGCUGUUAAGCCCAGGACUAUUGUUCCAGUUACCAGGGAGAAAUAAAGUGGUUGAGUUUGGGAACAUGCAGACAAGUGGGCUUGCAAUUCUAGUUCAUACUGUCCUCUUCUUUGGUCUCAUCACCAUUUUCCUCAUCGCUAUUGGUGUUCAUAUCUACACUGGAUAAUCUUAAACUCACUACUAUUAAUUUUUACACUUGUUAUGUUUUUUUUUUCUAAAGUUUACACUUGUUAUGUUGUUUUUAAUAAAGGGUUGAGUUUCUUUUGUUAUUUAA